AUGAAAACUGUGCAGCGAGGUCAAUGCCAGUUCAUCCGGUUAUUUGGUAGGACGCCAGCUAGAUUGCACCAGAAUGGGUCGAAAUUCACGCAGUCGUCGGCAUCUGAAAUGUCGCAUUUCAACGCCCUAGCGUCCACUUGGUGGGACGUCAACGGCAGCCAACGUAUUCUCCACAAGAUGAACGGGUUGCGCAUGGACUUUAUCACCGAGAAUUUGAAGCUGCAUCUCAAGCUCAAUGCCAAUAGCGGGUCAGAGUUGGACGACGUCUACAUCCCGCCUUUCAAUGUCGACUUGCUACCUCCGCAUGUGAGGGGUCGCAUUGCACAGGACCAGGAGUUGAGGACGGAACAGCUCUUGCAACAUACUCGGUUGAGGGUCUUGGACGUCGGAUGCGGUGGCGGGAUCUUGGCCGAGUCGAUGGCCAGACUUGCCUUUGUGCAAAGCGUCAAGGGCAUCGACUUGUCCAGAGAUGUGCUCGAAGCAGCCAAUUUGCAUAGGGAAAAGGACCCCAUCUUGGCCGACAAAUUGGUGUACGAGCAAACGUCAAUCGAGGGUGUACCUGAAGACGAAAAAUACGACGUGGUCACCAUGUUUGAGGUCUUGGAACAUGUCGACUACCCUGCGCGUGUUUUGGAAGAAGGAUUGCUGCGGUUGGACGUUGGUGGGUGGUUGUUUCUUUCUACGAUAAACCGCGACCCGAUAAGUUGGUUCACAACAAUCUUUAUGGGCGAACACGUCUUGAAAAUAGUCCCCGUUGGAACACAUACAUUGGAAAAAUACAUUAA